GAACUUUUGAUCUCCUUUCUCCGCUAAAAAAGUAAGAAUUUAAAAAAAUAGGACUCUGUGGUGCCCCGCAUCCUGACAUGCUCUUUCUAAUGAAAAAAAGAAUUUAUAUAUCUUGAAAGACACUGGAUCGAGAAAUCUUGGAAGCAAAAUGAGCUACUUUUGAGCCUUGUUUAGUUCAUAUCUUUGUCAAACGUCAUGGAAUCGAGCUGAAAUUUUUAUCACAACCUCCUCACUUCAGCCCCAACAUAUGCUCCAAAUUUCAGCCUAUUUGAACGUAAUUGGGUUGAGAUCGGUUUUUGAGUGGGGAACUUAACAGAAAGGUUUUUUGGAUAAUUUCUGUGUGUCUUGAAAACAAUAUAAGCAAAAUAAUAUCUUUUCCUUUUUUUUAUUCGUACAGAUACUUCCACUAGUCAACAUAAUACAUAUGAUAAAGAACUGCCUCCAAACGUUCUUCAUAUUUUGAAUAAUCCACUGUAUCAAUCUCAAGAGAAACAAAGAAAGUUUUCAGAAGUAGCUUGGUUUUGUAAUCGUGGUAUUACAAUAAGUCAAACCGAUCGGUUUUCUAAUAAGAUAUCUUUAGCAUGUCUUUGUCCACCAUCGUAUUACGGUAACCAAUGUCAAUAUUAUAGUGAUCGUAUAACAAUUUUUACUUAUCUUGAUGAUUUAACUGAUACAUUAAAAUCAAAUUUUAAUAUUACACUUAAAAUUUUAUCAUCAUUUUUAUUAAAUGAUACAGUUAUUGAUACACAUGAAUUUCAUUAUACACCAGCUUUGAAUAAUUUAAAAAAGAAACAUAUAUUUUAUUUUGUUUAUCCACGACCGAGAAUUUUAUCAACAAAUCAAUUUUAUUCUGUUCGUUUUGAAUUAUUUCAAUUAUCUAUUAUGAAUUCAACAAUUGAUUUUUUAGCUAUUUGGAAAUAUUCAAUACCGUUUGAUUUUUUACCAGCAUAUCGUUUGGUUAAAGUAUUGAAGUAUAAAGCAAUAAAUCAAACAAAUCAUCUAUGUAAAAUAAAUAAUCCUUGUCGAAAUAAUGCAACAUGUUAUCCAUUAAUGAAUAAUGAUCAAUUUUAUUAUUGUUAUUGUGGUAAUACAUCCUAUGGUCGUCAUUGUGAAUAUACUUCUAACAAUAGUUCUUGUUUAAAUCAUUCGAAUAAUUACUUAUGUCGUCCGAAUUAUUUCAAUUCAAAACCAUAUUUAAUAUGUUCAGCAAAUCGUUUUGGUUCACAAUGUAACAUUGAACGACAAUGUGAUUUAUCUCGUGGUAAAAAUCCAUGUUUGAACAAUGGUUUAUGUUAUAUUGAUUACAAUCCAUCAUAUUUACCAAAUGAUUACAUAUGUUUAUGUUCAAAUAAUAAAUAUUUCGGUGAAAAUUGUCAAUAUCAAAGUAGUAUUAUUAGCAUUCAUUAUCAGAAUUUAUCAUUUUUAAAUGAUGAAUAUAAAAUAAUUGCUUCAUUGAUACAAUUAUCAAGUGUAAUUAAUUUUCAAAUGAUUGUUUAUAAACAAAAUCUAUAUAAAAAUGAACUAUUAACUGGAACAGAUAUUAUUUAUGAUGAUAAAGCUGUACCACCAAUUGGUAUAAUAAAGUUUUUCUAUAAACAACAAUCAUCAAAUUAUCGUGAAAUUUAUUUUUUAUUAUACAUUGCAGAAAAUAGUACAUCGAUUAAUUUAACAUUAGUUUUAAAUCAACAAACUUAUUGUCCUCAUACAAGUCUAUUAUUUAAUAUAGAUGAUGGUACAAUCCUUAAUCAAUCGUUAAAUUUUUAUAAUGAUACAACGUAUCAUUCAUUUAAUUCAUCUUUAUUUAUUUUCAAAUAUCAUUUGUUAUGUGAUAAUAUUAAACAAAAAUCUAGUCUAUUAUGUUUUCAUGAUGAUGAUUACUUUUGUUUUUGUGAUGUAACUCAACAUGCUGAAUGUUUUUUGUAUGAUCGUUCGGUAGAACAAUGUUCAUAUUGUUUAUCUGGUGGUCACUGUAUUCAAGGUGAUUUAAAAAUGAAAUCAGAUUAUUUAUGUUUAUGUCCACAAUGUUAUUUUGGUUCAAUUUGUCAAUAUAAUACAAAAGUAUUGAGUUUUAACUUAGAAUCAUUGAUAACUGCAGAUCUAUUUUCAUCAUCUAUUCUUAUUCAAAAAUUAUCGAUCAGUAUUUAUUUAAUAACGGUGAUUAGUCUUUUUCUAUUUGGCUUGAUUAAUAAUUACUUUUGUUUCAUAACAUUUCGUCGUCCACGUCCAAGUCUUAUAGGUAUCGGAUGGUAUCUGUUUAUUAACAGUAUCAUAUCGCAAAUAUCGUUGUUAACUUUAUUACUAAAACUCAUAUAUAUUCUUCUUGGUACACAAGGUUUGAUUACAAAUGAAUUGUUGAAUAUGAUUUUAUGUAAAUUGAUAAGUUUUCUUCUUUCUACAUCAAUAAGAAUGAGUUAUUGGUUAAUGGGUUUUGUUACAAUUGAACGCGUGUAUGUAACAAUGUAUCCAAAAAGAGAAUGGUUAAAAAGUCCUAGAAUAGCUAAACGUAUCAUUUUUAUCACUACAUUGAUAAUAUUUAGUUCACAUAUUCAUGAACUCAUUUAUUAUCAGAUUGUUCCAGAUCCAAAAUAUACACAAUAUGGUAAGAAUAUUAAUUGA